AUGGCCGCCGGCCAUCUGAGGAAGUUGAUCGUCGAAGUCGUGGAUGCUCGCAGUCUCUUGCCCAAAGACAAACAUGGAACCUCGAGUCCUUACGCGGUGGUCAGCUACUAUGGCCAGCGGAAGCGAACAGCGACCGCGGUCCGGGACUUGAACCCGACAUGGAAUGAGGUUCUUGAAUUCAAUGUCGGCCCGCCGUCGAGCGUGUUUGGGGAUGUUUUGGAGCUUGAUGUGAUCCAUGAUCGGAGCUACGGACCGACGCUUCGGAGCAACUUUAUGGGGAGGAUUAGGCUGAGUUCCAUGCAAUUUGUGAAGAAAGGGGAGGAAGCUUUGAUUUAUUUUCAUUUGGAGAAAAAAAGCCUCUUUAGUUGGGUUCAAGGAGAGAUUGGUUUGAGAAUUUAUUACUCAGAUGGGAUUGCGCCGCCGCCUUCUCCUCCGCCGCCGCCGGUUGAGGAAGGCGGCGCUGUUAAUUCUGUCGAGGACUCACUACCGGCAAUAAGAUCAGAGGCAGAGCAAAACCAAUCCCCUGCUUUGAAACAUCAAAACGGCGGCGAACCCAUCGGCGAAAGUCCGACCAGUAAUGGCAGAGAAGCUUCGGCAGCAGAAAUUCCGGCCAUUAAUGGCAGAGAAGCUUCCGCAGCAGAAACUCCGGCCGGUGACGGCAUUGCAGCUUCGGUAGCUGAAACUCCGGCCAGUGAUGGUACUGCAGCUUCGGUAGCCGAAACUCCGGCCGGUGAUGGUACUGCAGCUUUGGCAGCUGAAACUCCGGCCGGUGAUGGUACUGCAGCUUUGGCAGCUGAAACUCCGGCCGGUGAUGGUACUGCAGCUUUGACAGCUGAAACUCCGGCCGGUGAUGGUAGUGCAGCUUCGGCAGCAGAAACUCCGGCCGUUGAGAGUACUACUCCGGUAGAAACUGCAGCUCCUGCUGUUAAAACGCCGCCGUUUGAAUCCCACCCACCACCGCCGGUAAAGUCACCGGGAGUCGAUCAAAUUCAAACGAUACCACCGGCGUUUGCGCCAAAGCCAAUCAAAAGACCGGCGGCAGUAUCAAGUUACACACUGGAGUCAGAAGAAAGUCAAACAAUCGAACGGUCCACAUUCGAUCUCGUUGAGAAGAUGUACUACCUCUUUGUGCGAGUAGUAAAAGCACGCGCACUUGCCACUAGCAACCGUCCGAUCGUUAAAAUCGAAGCAUUCGGUGAACGCAUCACAUCAGAGCCAGCCAAAAAGAGCCACGUGUUCGAGUGGGAUCAGACUUUUGCAUUUAGCCGCAAAGCAGCAGAUUCCGCCUCCAUCAUGGAAGUUUCUGUCUGGGACACAAAAAACGGUGUCGUAUCAUCACCAUCCGACGUGGACAAAGGCAAUUUCUUAGGUGGCUUGUGUUUCGAGGUGUCAGAUAUUCUCCUGCGGGACCAACCCGACAUUCCCCUGGCCCCACAAUGGUACAGAUUAGAAACGGAAAGAAACGACGUCGCUUUUGGCGGGUAUUUAAUGUUGGCCACGUGGAUUGGUACGCAAGCGGAUGACGCGUUUAACGAGGCGGUGAAGACAGACGCCGCUGGGAAGUUCAACUCUAGAGCAAAAAUUUACCAAUCGCCGAAGCUUUGGUAUCUACGCGCCACCGUGAUCGAAGCCCAAGACGUCGUUCCGAUCACCGCCGUGAAAGAAGCUUCGUUUCAAGUCAGAGCCCAACUGGGUUUCCAAGUUUCGGUAACCAGAUCCGCCGUGACUCAAAACGGAGCUCCGUCGUGGAACGAGGAUUUACUCUUUGUCGCCGCCGAGCCGAUGACCGACCACUUGGUCUUCACCCUCGAGAGUCGCCGUAGCUCCAAAUAUCCGGCUGCCGUGGGGGUCGUUAGAAUCCCACUCACCGAAAUCGAGCGGCGCGUGGAUGAUCGGAUAGUGACAGCGCGGUGGUGCACGCUUGCUGGUCUGGUGGAAGAGAAGGAAUCGUCGUACAAGGGAAGGAUUCAUCUGAGGUUAUGUUUUGACGGUGGGUAUCACGUGAUGGAUGAGGCGGCGCACGUGAGCAGUGACUACCGCCCGACAGCAAGGCAGCUGUGGAAGCCGUCGGUGGGUUUGAUCGAGAUCGGUGUGAUUGGGUGUAAGAAUUUGGUCCCGAUGAAGUCGACGGCGGCUGGAAAAGGCUCCACCGACGCGUACUGUGUAGCCAAGUACGGAUCGAAGUGGGUCCGAACCCGGACGGUUUGCAACAGUUUUGACCCGAAAUGGAACGAGCAGUACACGUGGCAGGUAUAUACAUAUUCGAACUGGAUGAGGAGUUCGACGGCAUGCCGAGCACGAGGUCGUCGGAAGUUGUACGGAUGA